AUGAUGGACCUAUCACAGGUCAAGAUUGGAAAGCUCCGAUACAACUCACCAUGGACGCAGGUUGUCAUUGUCGGGUUUGUCGCCUUUUGCUCCGUCGGUAUGCAUAGCGCCAUCAGCAACCUCGGCGCUGGCGGCAUGCAGGACGUGCAGCUGAGCGACAUUGCCAACAGCGUCCUCUACGGCUGCUUCUUCCUCGGCGGCUUCUUUGCCGGUAGUGUCAAUAAUAUUCUCGGCCCUCGAGUGACCCUCUCCAUCGGUACCACCGGCUAUGCGCUCUAUCUCGGCUCGCUCUGGAACUUUCAGGUCAACGGCACGCGAUGGUUCCUCAUCCUCGCCGGCGCCAUUCUCGGCUUCAGCGCCUCGCUGUUCUGGGCCGCCCAGGGCGCCGUCAUGAUGUCCUACCCGACCGAAAAGGACAAGGGCCGCAGCUACAGCGUCUUUUGGUCCAUUUUCCAGCUCGGCACUUUGAUCGGCUCGGCCAUUGCCCUGGCCAUCUCAUUCCACAGCAACUUGCCCUCUGUCGGCACGGGCGUCUACACUGCCAUCAUCAUCAUUCAGUUGACGUCCAUUGUCACCAGUUGGCUCGUCUUGCCGCCCCAUCUCGUCGUCCGUGGCGAUGGCACCAAGGUCGAAGUUCAAGCGUCGCUGGGACCGAGACGGGAGUUUCGAGAAUUUAUCCGCAUGUUCAAGGACUGGCGCAUGCUGGCCCUGUUUCCCAUGUUCUUCAGCUCCAACUACUUUUACUCGUACCAGGGUGCUAUUACAACCUUUCUCUUCAACGGCCGCACCCGCGCUCUGGUCGCGCUACUCACUGGACUAGGCUCCAUCAUCGGAUCAAUCAUCAUUGGUCUUUUGACUGACACAUUACCAUGUUCGCGGCGUAAUCGAUCACUUGUCGCGAGCGCUGUCAUUUUUCUCUUGGUGUGUGCCGUAUGGGGUGGCGGCGUCGCCUUUCAGCUAGACUUUCAGCGCGGCGAUACUGUGCUGAGGGGCCACCGUCUUCCCUGGGACUGGUCCGAUAGCCCUGCCGGAGGACCUAUCGUAAUGAUGUUUGCUUAUUAUGUCGUCGACGCCGCUUUCCAAGGUCUGGCCUACUAUACCAUGUCGGCAAUUACCAAUGAGCCUUUCAAGCUCGCCCGCAUGGCUGCAUACUACAAGGGUAUUCAGUCGGCGGGUGCCGCUGUAUCUUUUGGCAUGGAUGCAGUCGAGACACCCUACCUCGGCGAAAUACUCAUCUCAUGGCUCCUCAUCGUCAUCUCGCUACCUCUAUGCGGAAUUGUUCUCAUGAAGAUCCGCGAAUCCAACUACGAUGUCGAGGAAGUCACUAGAGUGGAUGAUGAUGCUGAAGACUCGGGUCUUACCAAGGCUGCGACCCCAUCUUCAGCAGCGGCUGCUGAAUAA